CGUUUGUAAAUGUGGUGACCAUUUAUAUAAACGAAUACUUAGGUAUUUCUAUUUUUGAAAUCUUAUCAUGCUUUGGGAAUGCGCCAGCAUUCCUGAACAUGGUAUUCAAGGAGUCUACCAACUUUAUGAUCAAGCCGAGUAGCGGUGAGUUGCUGUCCCGCCUGGCUCCUGGCAUCAGCGUCACCUUCGCAGUGACCUUUGUGCCUACACAGUUUGAGGACUACGUGCACAGGGUCUCUUUCUACACCGAUGUUGAUCAAUACGUCGUGCCUUUGAUAGCACUUGGCCCGAGACCAAUCUUUGAUUUCCCAGAUGAAAUUGUCAUGCCACCGACACCACUUAAAAUCGAAACUCAAGUGUCGUUAGGUGUUCAUAAUAUUUGUGGUGUUCCAGCUGGUUUUACCAUAGCCACGAGGAGCCCUUUUACAAUACAACCAAAGUCUGCUUAUUUAUUUCCAAAUACAAAAAUUGAGCUCGUAGUCGGCUUUAAAACUAUGCAUCUGGGAGAAACAGUUGGAAAAUUGACGGCGGUGUUUGAGACUGGUGAAGUGUUCCAUAUAAAAGUGAUUGCCACAACGCACACAGUUAGUAUAGAACUUGAAAAAUCAGUAGUCAGAUUCUUGGACACUUAUAACACAAUGGUGCGGCAUCAAACUUACAAAAUUACUAACAAAUCAAACGAGUUAGUAACCUAUAUGUGUAUGAAGAAUGAUAGCGUUUAUAAUGAUUUUGAGGAUAAAAUAAAGUUGGCGACAAUAUUUUACAAUCUAAAGGCUGGCGAGUCAGAGAAGUACAGGAAGUUGGUGCACUAUGACGUGCUGAGCAGUGACGAACAUGAGCGCGUCUACACGAGGAUCUUCUACGACGAGAUACAGGCGCUCGUCGCUGAUGAAACAUUACAGUUUCAAGAUACGCACUUCUCUAUUUUGCCUAUUAAAGGAAAAUUAUGGCCAAAUAAAACGACGGAAUUGACUAUAACGUUUGCACCUAAAGAAAUAGGUGAUUUCCGGGCUGUCGCGUAUUUGGACAUCGAUGGAAUUUACGAGCGAGUGCCUCUGACAAUGCAGGGAACAGCGAUACCUCCCUCCAUAUAUUUACACCUGGAAACUCUAGAUAUGGAUAACGUUUAUAUCAACACGAAGUAUAAUUAUGAGAUAGUCGCAAUCAAUAAAGGUCAUAUUAAUGGCAUAAUCAUGUAUAAAGAAGUAGCACCACUAUUUGGCAGUAUUAUUAGUUGUACACCAGAGAAACAUUGUUUGCGGCCAGGAGAAAAAGAAACAUUCACUAUAUCAUUCCUGAACUCGAACCAGGGUCCAUACUUCGAAGAAUUAAAUUUCGUCAUCCCUGAUACGGAUGUAGUACGAAAACUAUAUUUGAAAGGAGAUGUAAUAUACCCGUCGUUGACGUUUAGUGUACCAUGUCUAGACUUUGAGAAAGUCAGUAUUGGAGUUCCCAAGACGUUGCAAAUAGAGGCUAUUAAUGAGUCAGUGGUGAACGUGAAAGCUAACGUGAAGAUAUCGUCUGACGGCCCUGAAAUAAGCAGCAUCACUUUAGAAGAUUGCGAUGCCUCCGGAAGUAUGCAAUUGGAGACGCCUCAAUGGCCCAGAGAAUUUAACAUUGAUCCUUGUAAUAUUGAGUUGGAAGCCAAAUCUAGAAUUACGAUAAAGAUAACACUCACGGCGAAUUUGUGCCGAGCAAAUCAGACAUUUCUGGAACUGGAGUUGGACAAGUCUGACAGUCCACCGAUCGUUCUGCCAAUCAGGUACCAUGCGAUGGUUCCAGAAAUCACACCAGCUCCCGACAUCAAACUGCGCGCUUGUUUCUUGGACUUCGUGUACAACUACGAUAUCAUUAUAUCAUCUAAUGAGUUUUGGGGAUUCUCUUCUAUCGAACAACCAUCGUCGGAAGAAACUUUAAAAGUGGAUGUGGGUAUGAAACGUGGUUUAAUUAGACCAAAUACAACGAUAAGUCUGCCAGCUACCAUAGUGACUGAAGUCCUAGGUCUACAGGAGUACACAGUUCGGAUGCAUUUAUUCGGAUUGUCACAGCCUAUUGACAUUUGUCGUAUUAUCGCUAAUGGUGUAAGGCCUAUCGUUACGUGUACUCCGAUGACCUUGCAAUGGGGUCAAACAAAACUGCUUACCAGGACGUGGAAGACUUUGACUCUAUGCAACGAUUCUCCAGUGACAGUCUAUUUUAAAGCGGGUUUGUUGAACCGUGAUGGAAAAUGGACGAUCGAUCCUGCUGAAGGCUCUAUUGACCCUGAGUCUGAAACGGAUCUGACUCUAUUCCUCUAUCUAGUAGAUGCUGAUACCUAUACCAAUAAAGCUGUGAUUCAGUUGGAGAAAGUCAAGGACAUUUUGGUACCUUUAUCAGCUACAGGAGUGGGUACGAGUAUUGUGGUGGGACCAGAUCGGGAUCACGUAAAUCUUGGAAGGCAUUUUGUAAAGAUACCAUUGACGUACAGCGUCAUCAUGGAAAAUUGUGGGACGCGGUUGCAUUCUUUGGAGUGGUUGGAACAUUAUAAAACACCUAAAACGGCGAAGCCGCCUCCAUUAUUUUUUAACUUAGAACCCAGAGCCUUGAAAUUAGCCGGAGGCGAAAAGGUAGAAUUAAAAAUAACUGGCAUGGCUCUUAAAGUAAAUGUAGUCAAAGAGAUAUGGUUUUUAAUAGGUAGUGUGGAAGGAGUUAAUAAGAAAGAGUUACUUCUGGAAUGUCCGCUUGUGGCAGAAUUCGUGGAACCGAAAGUUCUUCUGUCUACUACGCAGAUAGAUCUGCAAUAUGAUUAUGGCCCUUAUAGCGAGUUUUACAAGUUAACAGAUAUCAUGACGAUAAAGAAUGUUUCUAAGCUACCGCUUUAUAUAGAUGUAUCAAUCAGACCACCUUUCGCUAUUGUCAAAAGAGCUGGCACAUACAAAAUUGACCCCGAGGACGAAAAAAUGUGCUGCUGUAUAUGUUACGAUGAAAACGAUUUGAAUAUACAGAAUAUAAUUAAUGAAUGCGGUCCUCACCAGUCGAAAGUAUUUAUAGACUGUUUAACAUUAAAACCAGUUGAACCAUUGCGUAAAGGACCUCUUGAAUUCUUUCAAGACAUUCAUAAAAUUAAAAUGGCUUUCAAUCAAACACACGCUGUUGAAGAGAGAUUAGAGGAUCAAGAAAUAAUGAAGUUACAAAUUUUAUUUGAUACAACCAAACAUUUAACAUUAAAAUCAAGAAUUUAUGCUGAUAUAAUGAGGAUUAAAUUUAAGGGACACAAAAACAAGGAUGCGGUGAAAAUAAUGGGCAGAAUAAGUUUUCCAAAUGUAUCUAUUUUAACACCAAAGGUAGAUUUUCAAUGUAUCUUGAAUGGGAGCGUAGAAAGCAAAACGAUUAAACUGCAAAAUCCUACAAAUUUAUUGGCAUGUUACAAUUUUAAGUGGAAAAAAUGUAAUAUUGGUACAAUACCAUUGCCCGAAGUACCUAUGAUAGACUACCAACUGAAUAAUGUAGGUCAAAUGAAAACAGAGGAACCAGAACAACCUAGCGCCACCACUAUUGAAGAUGUUUUGCCUAGUCCAAGUGAAGCUCCAGAAACAUCCGAAAAAAUUGGGGAUACUGGUGAUAUCCAAGAUCCUCUUUUAGUAGGAGACGAUGGAGAGAUCUUAAAAGGUGUAGAAAAUCCCGAGUCAGAGUCAAUUGACCCCGAAGAAGAAUUUAGACAAAUGAAAAUUAAGAUACUUAAAAAGACUACACCUAUGAUGGAAAUGGAUGAAGAUCCUGGAUUUCAUUGGACACAUAAGUUUCCUAAAAUGAAAAAAUAUAAAAAUCUUGAUCUUAAUGAUUUGUUUCAGCUAAUACCUCACCGGGGAAUACUAAUGCCUAAUAGCACACAAUUUGUGCAUGUUAUAUUCAGACCAACGUACAAUGUCAAUGUCCGCGCCGUCCUCGAGUGCGAAGUUCUUGGAGGACCAUCUGAAUUUAUUACAAUCUCCGGCAAAAGCUCGGACUUGAUGUUUAAGUUAAAUUCUCAAACAUUAAAUUUUAAAAUAAGGUCAUUUCACGAAGUUGCCAUCGAAAAAUUAAUAAUAACAAAUAUCUCCCAGUUACCUUUUGAAUACAAAACGUAUCUGAAUGAACCUGUUUUUGACAAUGACCUACGAGCAACAAUACGUGAAAUUGUUCCUCCAGAGAAAGUAUUACAACCUGAAGAAGAAACCCGGGUGUCGAUCAACAUACAACCUGGAGUUAUUGGCUACUUCCACAGAGUAUUCUUGUUAGAAAUAGGACAUCUUCCUCACAUUCCGAUUGAAUCUUUUGGUUGGGGUGUCAUACCGCAAGUUUAUUUAACAUUGCCAAGGCCAGGAUUAGAAAAUUUGCCAUUGGAAUUGGGUUACGAAGCUAUUGGUACCCUAACUAUUGAUUAUUUGGAGGCAAUCUAUGAAUUUUUUUGUAAUGACAGUUCAGAACAUUUGAAUACGCCAGAAACAGAAAAAUGUUUCGAGGAUCCCGAGUUUCAAGUAGACUGGCACAUAUGUUCUGCUUGGGACGGCUACCCUGACAUUAUGGAUAUUGAAUUAGCAAUCGAGAGGUUAUUAGCGGUGAAGCAUAUAAAACAGCGACCAGAAAUAUUGACCAUGUAUGCCAGAACUAACAAGGUUGUACCCAUUCCGGGUUUCAGUACAAUUCCGUAUUUGAUUGAUUUCGGAGUCGUUAUUACAGGCAGCAAAACGUACCGCUCUGUUGAAAUAAAAAAUUAUGGACCACUAUCUCUCAAACUACGUUUCGGUAAGGCAGUAGUCAAUCGCUUUGGUUUAACUUAUAAACUCGCUGCGAAAAUGGCUCCAGGUGAAAGUGGGAGGUUAGAUGUCACGUUUGCACCUACAGCCUACGAUUUUCCUGAACUAGAACAAACGUUUAACACGUCUAUUACAAUAGAGGUGUCUUAUGGUGUAACGAUACCAAUACAAAUCAAAUCUCUAUGCGCUGUGCCGUAUUUGAAAUGUAAUAUCGAUAAAGUUGACUUCGGAACCGUGAGAUGCGGGGAUGAAAAGGUGACUGCUGUCCCACUUAGAAACGUGGGUAAACCAGUAUGUAUUUGGUACGUGACGUUAAAGCAGAAAACACCUGGUCCCUGUCCCACGACGAUGUUGGAGACUUCUGGUAAAUACGAGGCAGGGGAAGGAGGGUGGCUGAGUAUAUCUUUCAAACCAAUCAUGGAGAUAUCGUACGAAGGGACGUUGAUAUUCAAGUUUCACAUGAACCCUACUAAGUUGACAAUACCGGUGGUUGGGCAGGGUGUGUUUCCACAUGCUCAUAUCAUCGGGCCUAGGGUGGUAUUUCCGCCUACUUUGCCAUGGGCAGAUACUACGGAAAUUUACUUGGGAAUCACUAACCCUUGCCCAUUUCCUAUCGAACUAAUUAUGGCGCAUACAGACAAGAAAUGGAAGGAGGAGGAUGAAAUGUAUGCGUUACUGGAUCGGUAUUAUAACAAACCUGAAGAGUUGUUGUUACCAGCAGUGAGACCCGGUGUGGGCAUGCCACCACCAGUACAAGCUUUCUUUGAUCGAUACAAGACUAAUGUUCAAAGAAAUAUAGAAGAAGAAGCAGCGCUCAUGAGUAAAGCACGAGGAGCGACUCCAACUAAACGAGCUAAGAGUCCUAGAAAAUCAAUGGCAUCAUCAAAGCAUGCUCAAGCAGAAAAAAUAGAAAAAGAUGCAUCUCCUAGGAAAUACCGCACCGAGGCCGAAAUCAUAGCUGAGAUGCAUUGUAAAGAGAUUGCUUACGCGCUAGGAAUGCACCUAGGCAUCCCUACUGUAAGUUUCGAUCUGUGUGUUGUUGAGGCGCUUUGUACCUGUGAAUGUCCCGCUAGAGAGACCUUGUUGACUACUAUCAACGAAUUGUACGAAAAUGUAAAGAACAAAACUGAGAACCAAAAUGAUGCGAAUGGUGAAGCAGAAGAUUUCUCAAAAUGGCUACAAGCAUAUGAAGAAGCUCAGCGAGAAACGGAACUCCUAGAAGAACAAGUUACUAAAGUAAUGGUCUACGAUGAAGAAGAAAUAAAAAAAAUCGUAGAUGAAUUUGAAGAAAUGGACGAGGAAGAAUACGAAAAUGCCAAUCCUGAACUUAAACAACUCUAUAUUCGACACGGUUUAGAAGCGAGAAAAAGAAAAUAUUUUGAAAAGAUGGGAAUGCCAAGUGACACCUUCACUAACCUCGAUAGACCAGACAAAAAGUCGGCAAAAGGUAAAGGGAAACAGAGCGAAGUAGUUGCCAUGCAACAAAUGUAUCAGGAAUAUAAUAAAAAUGUGUACGAAUAUCUCAUAAACAUCGCUAAUAAUUGGAUUAUAGAGGAAUGUGAGAUAGGAGUCCCAUUACUAAGUUUUAAUGGUCAGCUUUUGGGCGCCACUCAGAAGAAAAAUAAAUCAAAGAAAUCGGAAGUGAUGUUGGCGAUUAAAAAAUGCGAGUGCAAUCAAAUCACGGACUUAAAUUUGCUGGACGACUCUACACAAGACAACGUCUUGAAUAUUCUUUCUAAAUGGCACUGUACUUGCGGCAAAAAGCCUGGUUGCCGUGAUAAGCUUAAAAUAACCGCUGCGCCGACAACCAUAGGAAUACACAACGUUCUGAUACUGUUCUGCAUCAAAGACAAUCCAGAAAUAGUGGAGGUUAACGUCUCCUGUUGUGGAGUUGUGCCUAUCGUGGAGAUACUACCUGCCACCAAGACUAUUGACUACAACAAGAUUCUACUAUACAGGCGUGAAGACGAAAGGUUUAUUGUUAAGAACGACUCGAUAUUGCCCAUAAUGUGGAAAGUACGGAACACGGAGGACUUUGUGGAAGACUUCAUCAUAUCGCAGACCUCCGGGAUCAUACCUAGGAACGACAAUAAAGUGGUUCCGGUCACCUACAUCGCCUGUCGCGUUGGCAUUAUUUUUCAAUCACCUUUGAUUAUUGAUAUAUACGAUGAGCUGGGCCGUGGUGAGCCUAUGGUUGUGGACACCCUGUACCUAUCGGCGGAAUGUUACGACGUGAUGGUGGAGUGUGCCUAUGAGAACCCCAACGAAAGUUACCUCAAUUAUGGAAAUGUCAAGGUGAACUCUACAGAGUAUCGAGAGAUGUAUUUACUCAAUCGUGGGAAAUAUAACAUUUUUUACAAAUUAAAAAAAGUAAAAGACUUUCCGGAACCAGGUCUACUAAAAUCGUUUGAGGCGGACCCUGAAACUGGGGUAGUGCCUCCGACACUUAAACUGGUGGCCAUAGAGUUCCAGUGUACGCCCACCACCUCGAUGAACCUCGUGAAUGUACCUGCGUAUACGUGCUCCUUGUUGGACGGCAGCAAGGACCAGGUCGUCGUCGCCAAAUUCCCAAUCUGUGUCACGAUUGCAUCUUUCUACAAUACUUUUACUUUGUUCCCUCUUGGAGAGCUGAACUUCCACGUCAUAGCGGUUGGUAGUGGAGUGAUGAGAGAUGUUAUACUAAACAAUACAAGCAAGUGCCCUUUCAAUUACGAAAUUAUCAUUCCCGAGCAGUACCGGUCAGAUCCCCAGGCUGUCUCACAACUGCCGAAAGGAAAGGAUACAAAGUUAAAAAACCCCCCUAUCAAAUGUGGAAACUUCUUGAUUGUGAAUGAAGAUAAUCUACUAGCCCCCGGGACUAGUAGAACUAUUCCGAUUCAGUUCCUAGCCACGGGGCCUCGCAGGUUCGAGGAAACUAUUCAUUUCGUAGUGAGCGACACGUGCCCUUCUGAAGCACAGGGGGUUCCUCUUAGACUAGUUGGCACCGGGGCGAUGCCUACUCUUGACUUCUGGAAUCUAGACAACACUUUCAGGGAGCACCUUAUUGUGAGGAAUAUGUGUGAUUACAAAGUACCCGAGUCAUCUCCCCACUGUGUGUUCGUGGAAGAUUCAGUAACGUUCCACUUUUUCUGCGUAACUGUGAACAGUUCUCACAAAGGGCACAUAGAUAUGUACAAUAAUGGAUUUGUAUCGUGCAUACUCACCAUGAAAAUGCACUAUCAAGCGAAUACUUCUGCUGAAAUUUUUUCCUUGGACAAAUAUGAGUUGCAGAUAGAGCCACUAAUGCAUAAGCGGUUGGGUAUAAUUUUUAGCCCAAAGGCUCUCAAGGAAUACCGGGCAGUUUUGGAAGUGAAACUGAAGUUAUUACACAAUCAAGAAAAGUCGUUUAGUUUGUGUAUCACAGGGGAGGGUGUGAUACCUAGAAUUCGGCUUCUGAAGCCGCCACUUUGGCACCAUAGACUGGCCGUGUUGCGAUUCCCAGUGACCUGCCUAGGCUCAGAGACCAACAAAAUCAUACGGUUCAAGAACAUAAGCACCAUAACGAGUGUCGUCGUGUUGAAUAUAGAGCAACCGGACAACGACAGACCUGUAUUUUGGAUGAGAACUACCACAAAAUGUAUUAACAUGGUUGUUAGAGAAAAAACUGCUAAGAAACAAGGCACAUAUAUAAAGCUCAGUUUAAGACAGGAAGAAGUUGCAUCGGUGCAAGUAUUUUUCAACCCGUUAGUUAAAGGUCGAACUAACUGUGAAGUCAAAAUAAAUAUUAUUAAUAAUCUUUAUGAAUUCUUCACGGUAUUAUGCGAAGCCGAAGCAUUCAUGGAAGAUGUUAUACUGAUUGGGUUGGAGAUGCUAUCGAUGGAUUUUGAUACUGAAACUACUACAACCGAGCUCGGGAAGGUAGCGUCUACUGGCUCUACAACAGACAGUAAGAAGAAAAGCAAGAGUGCCCCGGUGACGAAGAAAAAAUCAAAAGAAUUUAAGAAGAAAACUCCACUAGAGUCGAAGGCGGAAGGUGCCAUAGAGCCGGCAGUACUCAAGUACCUAUUAGAUUUUGGAGGUUGCGAAAUAUGCACUGCACAAAAGAGAACUGCGAUUAUGAUGAAUAACUCCGAAAAAGUAUAUAAAUUCAUUUGGGAGGAGAAAGAGAACAUAGUCAUCAAACCGACCGUCGGUUACAUUUCACCAGCAGAAGAGAAAGACUUAGAGAUUAUGUUCUUCUCCAUUCAACCAAUUGUUAUAAAGAGGGAGCCGUUGAUCUGUACGUUGACGGCAAUCAGCGAUGACACUCUGACCAUGGAUUUGAAGGGAGCCACGUGGGACGACCGACAAACAAGAACAGUUUACGAGCAUAACCAAGAAAUAAGUGUAGAAGAAAGGACUGAGUGUCCGAUCGAAGAACAGCCGGUACCCCCGGCAGACUUCCUAGGUUUGAUCAACAUAAAGAUCCUCUACUCGGCGACCACCGAAUACACCAAAUACGAGUGUAACCUCACAGAGGAAAUGAAGUUGAAGGACACCUUUAUUUAUCAGACAAGGAGUUUCACAUUCAAAGUGGACAACGUCGGUACAGUACCAAUGAAAAUAACGUGGAACUUUUACAUUGACGAUGAGUACCCUGCUAGGAUAGACAAGCGCGUGCAUCAGAAAGAGUUGCAAGCUUCCCCGCCGGAGCCCACCGCCGAAGAGGACAGCACUAACCGUGCUGAUGGCAGGUCACUCGUACCUGAGACAGAAGAGAGCAAAGAGACCCUGGUGAGCGGCAGUAUCGGGCGGGAGAGCGUGGACACGUGGUUCGAGGUGGACCUGCCCUUCUCCAUCGAGCCCUGCAAGGAGUGCCUCAAACCCGGCGAGCAUCGCACCUUCAAAGUCACCUUUAAACCUCUAGAAGCUUUCGAAUUCAGAGUCUGCUUAAAAAGUUCUAUUGAUAACUUGGAUCCAUACGACCAAAAUAUAAGUUGCAAGAUAUUUGCGAAGUCUCUCAUUCCAUACGUGCACCUGGACCUGGAAGAGAGUGACUACCUGACCUCUGGCAGGCGGACGGUCACCAGCGUCGCGCUGCCGCCAUACAUGGAGGUGCUGGAAUUUAACGUGUUAGGAUGGGGAUGUUACAGGAAAUCUUUUAACGUGAUAAACCCUACGAAUGAAGGGUACGAGUUUGUAUUCGAGACGGUUCCUCUGAGCGAAUACAACGCUACCGAGCUUGUUCCCGUGCACUGUGACAUGAUGAAGGGCUUCGUUGAGGCCGGCACCUCCACUGAAGUCACGUUUACAUUUGCCCCCACGGCACCUGGGGUGUACGAAUCACAAUGGAGGUUCCUCAUCAGCACGUAUUCACUGACUAUCCCACUAAUGGUGGUGGGAUUCGUGCGGGAACCAGAUGUAGUUUUCGUGCCAACCAUAGUAGUCAUCAAGAACUCGUUAGUAGACUUCGUGUCGACACAUAUGGUCAUGUUGAAGAACAAUGAGAAUGAGCCGUUGCGAUUCGAGUACAAGGGGAACUCUCUAUGUAAUGAACUUGGGAAAGAGCCAAUCACUGUGACUCCUGAACGGGGAACGUUGAAGCCUUUAUCUGAAACACCUAUACGAAUAAGCUACAUUCCGAUCCAGGAUGGUCCGAUGUCGUUCAAAAUCUUCUACCACAUAGAGUACAUGAUGCAGUACCUGACGGUGUGCGUGAACGCUCUCAGCUACCUGGUGAAGCCCACCGUCACAUACUACAUCAUUGGCACCGAGCACGUGCUCGACCACAAAGUCAAUACGCGCAUACACUUGGAAGAGACUGCGUCAACAUACGAAAGAGUAAUUCUGUUCAAAAUAAAGAACAGUGGUUCAGCGACAUUUUUCUACGACUGGCAUUACACAUGUACGCCGGUGAGGAAGUAUCUUGAGGUGUACGUGGAGCCGAAAAACGGUUACCUGUCGCCUGGCGGCGAGGUGAACUGCAAUCUGCACUUUCAACUCAGACAAGUGCCCGUCUAUGAGUACCCUGUCAGUCUGUCUAUUUCUGACGGACCAGAAUACACCAUACAGUUAUAUGCUGAAAUCCAAAAGCCGUUGUAUCACUUCUCGUGCAAGGAAUUUGAUUUUGGCAAAUGUAUAGUUAAUGCACCAGAUCGGACUUACAAGAAGAACUUGGCUUUCACCAACGAUGACAAAGUUACGAUAAUACUCGACUUAAACACUGACAACGUACCAGAGCUGUAUGUCGAUUUUAAGGGCCAAGAACCAAAAGUCAACCCUAGAAAACGACUGAAAAUACCCGUGUAUUUCCGACCUAAGGAAGUAAAACAUUACGAGUUCAAACUACAAUUUUGGGUCAAUUCCCUUGUUGAAGAUAUAGUCACCAUUAGAGGAGAAGGUGUUCCCUUGUUAGUUGAUCUUUACGAAGGAUGCCAGAAGAGUUUCGACCUGGGACCAGUGAAAGUAGGCAACAGGAUUGUACGGGAAAUUGAAGUUAUGAACCACAGCAAAGUGGCAAUAGACGCUGCUUUUGUUUUCAAGAAUUUCUAUGAUUAUGAAAUUGAUGAUGACGCUGCUUCAUAUGGAACGAGUAUUUGUCUUGACCCCGCUCAAAGCGUCAAUGCUGGGCCAUCUAGGAUUAAAAUGGUGCAAGCGUACCGGGAAGAUCUGAUGAAGAAACAAACAGCAAUCGAUAUUAAGAACGUGAUGUCUUCUAUAAAGGUGGUUCCGUCCAAGUGCGUCAUCCAACCACAUAGAAAAGUGGCCAUAAAGAUACUCUUCAAACCAGUUGGAUUAAUAAGCUUGCUUAAAGUUCAGCUGAAUGUGGUGGUGUUAGAACUCGUACGGCCUCUGGUGCUGAUCAGCGGCAGCGCUACCGGCAUGAGCUUCCGAUUCAGCCAGGACUCCAUGCAGUUUGGCCGAGUGCGCAAGCGCGGGUGCAAAGUAAUGAAAGUCAAGUUGCACAAUGAAGGCGAUUACGGCGCCAAAUUCUGGUGGCAACCUUUGGUGUCGGAGGAAUUUACGGUCUUCCCGAUGCAUGGAAUGAUUGCUGCUCGAACCAGCGUCUCUUUUGUCAUCACGUACAGACCUCUGAAUUUCAAUCCUUACGUUAAACUUUGGGCGAAUUUGAAUAUUGAAAACUACAAGAGUCUAGAGCUGGCUCUGUACGCAUCCUGCGUAGACUUUGGAGCGCCACAGAACAAGACUUUAUAUAUGGAGUGCCCUGUGCGCUCAGUCAAGACGGAUUAUGUGGUUGUUGUCAAUCCUACCGACGAAGAGUGGCUAGUCAUAUCCGAAAUGGAAGGAACGUCGUUUGAAACCGUACGGGAGUUCCAUGUCGAAGCUAAUAGUUCGUACGAGAUCCCGAUACAUUUCAAACCGAAAACUGUUGGGAAACACGAGGGAAAGGUGCUGUUCUCACCGCUAGGCGAAAGUGCUUUGUUCGUGCUUCUAAUUGGAGCCGCCGUGCAUCCAGACCCUAACGGGGUUUACAACAUCAAUGUACCCGCUAAGAAGUCCCACACUGAAUAUCUGCCGGUUUAUAAUAUUACUGAGAAACCAGAGACAUACGCGGUGAUGACAGAGUUGGUGAAGGUGGUUCCGGACAAGUUCGAGGGCUACUACGAGAUCAAGUGCCCGGAGACAGUCAAGGUGUGGGGCGAGGCGACCGCCACGUGCCAGUGGACUUACAUAUGCUUCGAGCCUUGCGAGAUGAUACUCAAAGUAAUGUUCGUAAACGAAAAGACGAGAGAGUACCAAUUCUACGAAGUGAACGUGCAAGUGACUCCCAGUCAGAUAGUGGCGACAUUGAAGUUUGUAUCACGAGCGCGGGAGUCAGUCCAACAAGAGGUGAAGGUUGCUAACCCGCUGCAGCAAGAAGCCGUCUUCAAUAUCAAGUGCGACAAGCUGUCCUGUGCUGAAGUCAUCAAGGUUGCUAGGCAGUCUGAGUCAAAGUUGCAAAUGACGUAUUCGCCGCUGGUGGUGGGCGAGUUCGAGGACUAUCUGACGAUAGAGAACUACAUCGUGGGCACGUACAUGUACCGCGUGGUGGCCACCUGCCUGCCCGCCAAGGAGAAGAGCAUGGAGUUCACCACCUCCUUCGGCAACUGCAUCCCUAUACGGCUGCGCGUGCAAAACAAGAGCGACCAACUUGCGCACUUUAAUGCUACGGUCGAUCACCCGGCUAUCAAUGUGGAGAAGGAAUACACGCUCCCCGCGAACGAGAAGGGCAAAUUCCUCGUGUGGUUCGAGCCGACACAGCUAGGAGUGCAGAACAUUAAAGUCAGCUUCUACUCGUCCAUUGCUGGAGAAUUCGUUUUUCGUAUAAAAGGAACAGCGACUGAACCGAAACCUCAGGGGCCGUUCGACGUGAAAGCUGGCUGGUCCACCGUGAUCAAGUUUAAGAACGUGUUCGACGACCACAGGACGUUCAAAAUAACCUCUGACCGCGAGGAAUUUUAUGUGAAAUCUAAUUUAGAACAAUUGAAAGCGAAAAAGGAUAUGCGUGUAACGGUGUACCUGGUAGAGAAGCCGGCAGGCGGGUGGAAGGACCCGGUCACCGGCACCCUCACCAUCGAGACCUUCGAACCAGCAGAGCCCAAGGUGCAGUGGACCUACUUCCUGCAAGGAAUACCCUGAGCUUCAAACCACACUCCGUAUUCUAGAAUCUACAUUUGUUUUUGUUAACCCUAUUUUUAGUACUUAUUUAUUUAUUGCUAUUAUUAAUGCUCAAUAC